AUGAAUUUAAUGAAAAGACUUAAUAUAUUUAGUAGUUUGUUAAUAAGUAGAAGUGCUUCACCAAAAAUGAAGAUUGAAAAAAUGGCUCCUGUUAUUCCCAUCUCACUAGAAACCUCCAGCUCUAAAGCUGCAGAGUACCUUGCCACAGGCCAAGUAAUAGCCGUUCCUACAGACACCAUCUACGGUUUAGCUUGCAGCGCUAAUUGUCCUGAAGCUAUAAAGAAACUUUAUAGUAUUAAAGGCAGAGAUUCCGCCAAACCAGUCGCAAUCUGUGUGACAUACACUGAUAAUGUACGUAAAUGGGGCAAUGCAGACCAUCUAAGCGAUGACUUGCUGAACAGUUUACUACCUGGCCCCGUAACAGUAGUAUUAGAAAAGACUAAAGAGUUAAAUAAUCCAUUUCUCAACCCGAAAACAACGAAAAUAGGUAUUAGGAUACCUGAUCACACUUUCAUCAAUAAAGUUACCGAGAAGUUUGAUAUGCCUAUAGCACUGACUAGUGCUAACUUUAGUAAUGAGCCGUCUACACUGUCUGUAAAGGAGUUUGAACACUUGUACUGUCAUUUGGGGGCAGUUUUUGAUGGAGGUGUGCUAAGUCAGGGCUUAGACCAAAACAGGACCGGUUCAACUGUGGUAGACCUGUCUAAAAGUGGAUGUUAUAGUAUUAUAAGAAGGGGAACAUCAUAUGAGCAUGUUGUAAAAGUUUUAGAAGAGAAUGGUUUAACCAGUUGUUAAGUUUGUUUUUAAUAAUGCAUAAGUGACAAGUUUCCAUCACUGAGAUUGGAGCAGUCAAUUGUUUUAAACUUGAGUAAAAGAGAUAUGUAAAUGUUUCCUUUCCUGUAUGCUAAAUAUAUUUAGCUUUGACACUAUAAGUUAUAAGUACCUAUGUUUGGUAAUUGUUUAUUAAACAAACCUUGGUAAUUGUUUAUUAAAAUAAAGCAAAACAGGUAGUUCUAUUUUUUUUA